AACUUAGUUUCACAACGUUUUAAGCCGCAUUAACAUGCCCGGAAUAGCUAUUGCAUUACUUCUCUGCCUAAUCGCUUGUUCACAGGCCUUGUUCCCUGAUGAUCCCGUGCCCUGCAAGUACGGCGAUGGCGAUUGCAUAGCUAAAUUCUGCAAUUCUAUGUUCAGCAUGAGAUCGGGGAAAGAGGAUCCCAGCUUAAACAUAUGGAAAUUGGAUCCCUUAAAGGUUGAUAAGAUGGUCAUUAACCAGGCCGGCAACAGUGCUGUUGGCAUAAAACUAACUUUUACGGAUAAUUUGCUGUACGGCGUAAAGAACAUGAGAGUUGUCGGAGUAAAAGGAUUUGGGAAAAAUCUGACGGAGCCACAUGAAAUAAGGACCGUUUCUAAGUCAUACUCCCUUGUGGGUCCCUACAACAUUCAGGGAAAAGUUCUCAUACUGCCCAUCAGUGGCACCGGCGUCAGUAACAUGUCGAUGAGUAACGUUAAGAUGAUCGUUAAGUUUUCUGGGCAGCCACUCGUAAAGGAUGGGGAGACCUACUUGGACGUUACCAAGUUCAAGCUGUCUUUGAAGCCUGCAGCCACUUCAUAUUUAUUCACCAAUCUCUUUAACGGAGACAAGGCUUUGGGUGACAAUAUGAACGCCUUCCUGAACGAGAACUCGGAAGCCAUUUACCAGGAAACGAGCCAGUCUACAGAUCGAGCCUUUGGCGAAUUGUUACAUAACCUGGUCAAAGGCGUCUUUGCCCAUCGUCCUUAUGCCAAGUUAUUUGCGGAGGAGUAGGUAAAGUUAAAUAGUUUUCGUACCCUUGGUUAUCUCAGGUUAUCCCAGUCAACGGAUAUUGAUAUGACUAGUCAUAUUAACACAACCCAUAAAGUUGUGGAAUUAUUUUAGUCAUAACAGACUAUAACAACCUAAUCCAUUAUCUAGAUCUUUAAUUUUAAUAGAGUGACAAUAAACUUAACGAACUUUAAAGCGUA